ACACCUCUUCAGGCCGCCCUCCUCUUCCUCGCUUCGAUGUCGCCAUUCUGACUUUUGCGGCGGCGCCCCCGUAACGAAGGCCGCUGCGGUGCGCUUUUCAGGUGGGGCGCGCGGGCAUCUGGCUCGCCUGUGGCGGUUCCUGCGCGACAAAGGCGUGCGGCCGACGGACGCCGCCCACGACUGCGCCGUCCUCCCGCUGCUGUUCGGCGAGCAGGACGACGACUUGAUGGAGGCGGCCAAAGCCUCGCUGCUCAUCUUCCUCCAGCUCAGAGACGGCUCGGCGCCGCCCGACGACCCCUGCGCCGCCGGCUGCAACCCCCACUGCCACUUCCUGUUGCUCCUGCGCGCCGUCCGGUGGGACCACCGCAUCCUGCUGGACUUCCUCAUGUCGGCGGAAACCUGCUUCCUGGAGUACCUGCUGCGCUACCUGCGCUACCUGAGCACCGACCGGCGGGGCUUCGCCACCUCGUGCCGGCGAUUGGACGCCGAGGCGCCGCCUCGGGCUCCCCCCGGGCGGCGGC